AAGAACGCUCGGAGCGCGUUCACACAGCGCACCCAGUUGAAUUCAGAGUCACUCUGCUGCUGUUCCUGAGGCCACAUCACCUGCAAACAUGGAGAAGUUUGUUGGAACAUGGAAGAUGGUUUCCAGCGAGAACUUUGACGACUACAUGAAAUCAAUUGGUGUGGGCUUUGCGACCCGGCAGGUGGGGAACCGGACCAAGCCCAACCUGGUCGUGUCCGUGGACGACCAAGGGAUUAUUUGCAUGAAGUCUCAGAGCACCUUCAAAACCACCGAGAUCAAGUUCAAGCUCAACGAGCCGUUCGACGAGGUCACGGCCGACGACAGGAAGACGAGGACCGUGAUGAGCCUGGAGAACGGCAAGCUGGUGCAGAAACAGACCUGGGACGGAAAGGAAACUAACAUCGAGCGGGAGAUCACAGACGGGAAACUGGUAGCGAAAUGCAUAAUGGGAGAAGUGGUCGCCGUUCGGACCUACGUGAAGGAGGCGUGAUCUUCUCUUCCCAGCGCACGUUGUUGGGUACAUUGCUGCAUGACGGGCUCAGUUCAAUGAGCGCAAUACCAAACCUAAAGUAAUGGCUUGUUCUGCUCUUUAUCGUUGUGUUGCCCAAACCCUGCUUUCUGUGAAUCUGUUCUCAGACGUAUUUGGUCUUGUGGUGGUUUGAAUAAAAACGUGUAAAAAUG